AUGUCCGCGGUUGCCCAGAAAAUUCUCAGUCGGCUUGGACAAAUCGGUGUUGGGUUGGCUGUUGCCGGCGGCGUAGCGCAAUCAGCGCUUUAUAACGGUAAUUUCCUUAGUUUUCUCUGUUUUUGGCGUUUUAGGCGAGGGAAAGGCGUUAUUUUGAAAGGUGGCGUUAUCUCUGCUGUUGUGCCUAUUUUCCAUCAAAUCAAGUCCAGCAAGCACUCUAAUGAACGGUUGUUUUUAGUGGAUGGUGGACAAAGAGCAGUGAUUUUCGACCGGUUCGCUGGAGUCAAGGACUUUAUUGUUGGGGAAGGGACUCAUUUUCUGAUCCCGUGGGUCCAACGGCCGAUUGUUUUCGACAUCCGCUCCACACCCAGAGUUAUAACGACCAUCACUGGUAGUAAAGGUAAGGAUUUGGAGCUUUGUCAAUUCUGUGUUUAGAUAUUUUCAAUUUUUUCGUCAAAGAUCAAGGUGAAGAUCGAAAAAAUUCGUCAAUUUUCGAGCUAGAUUAUUUUUUUCAGAUUUGCAAAAUGUCUCAAUCACUCUUCGUAUUCUCCAUAGACCAGAGCCUAACCAACUGCCGAAUAUUUACCUGAAUAUUGGACAAGACUAUGCUGAAAGAGUUUUGCCAUCUAUCACAAAUGAAGUGCUCAAGGCUGUCGUUGUAAGUGCUCUUAUAAUUCAAACAUUCUCUUAUGGUUCUUUUGGCUUAAUUUUGGUUUGAAAUUACUGUUUAAACACCUAUUUUUAGCUGUUUUUGUAAUUUGACAUCUACUGUAAUAUAAAUUUUUAAAAUCUUUAUAAAGUUUUCGAUUUUUAGGCCCAAUACGAUGCCCAUGAGAUGAUCACACAGAGAGAAAGCGUCUCCCAACGGGUCUCCAUCGAGUUGGCCAAGAGAGCCCAACAAUUCGGACUUCUCCUUGAUGACAUCUCAAUUGUAAGAUUUUGACAUUUUUCUUCGAUUUUUAGGCAAAUUAACUUCUGGAAUGAUGUUACCGAGAAGCGCUGAGAGUAGACAGAGAUAUUACGGCGUUUGCAGCAAUGUAUUCGUUGUAAAUCCGUGAUCUACUCGGUGAAACGGCGAUUUGACUGACCUAAGUUAAUAUCGCCAAUUUUAUGUGAAUUUUCAACGAUUUAUGAGCGUUUCUUCAAAUCAAAACAAAGAUGGAGGGUUGCUCUAACUGUUAAUUACUUUUAGACUCACUUGUCUUUCGGUAGCGAGUUCACCCAAGCCGUUGAAAUGAAGCAAGUCGCCCAACAAGAAGCCGAAAAGGCCCGUUAUUUGGUCGAAAAAGCCGAGCAGAUGAAGAAGGCGGCUAUCACAACGGCUGAGGGAGAUGCUCAGGCCUCCAAACUCCUUGCUCAAGCGUUCGCUGAAGCCGGCGACGGCCUCAUUGAACUGAGAAAAAUCGAAGCCGCCGAAGAAAUCGCGGAAGUCUUGGCCAAAUCGAAGAAUGUGGCCUACUUGCCUAAGGACAUGAACGCGCUCAUUGGGCUACCUCAAUAA